AUGACUCGUUCAGUGAGAGCGACGCGACACUUAUUUUCGUUCUGCGCUGCUGCGAUUUUGUAUUUUUCUUUCGAUGAAUUUAACGGCUGUGAAAUCAUCUCGAGAGAUCGGUGCCAGAAGGCACCAGGACAAUAUGUCCCUCGGAAAAAGAGAGGCGCACGCGUCUCUUUUUCCACGACGUCCGCCGUACAUGCGCUCUCGCAUUUAAAGUUUGGUGCGGCAGGCAGGCGCGCUGCGGCCAAACAGUGGGCCACCCGAGGGAAUUUGAGCGCGCCCAUUCUCUGCGGGGUUUUUUUUGUUAGUUUGCGCUGUUUUUUGGUCAGAAGUUUCUCCAGACACACCACGCAAUAUAUAUCACUCGGAACCGCCGGAAAAAAAAAAUUAAGCGCAAAUUUGCUUAGUCUAGCAGCCUCGUUGCUUUUCCGGCUUGUGGCGUCGGCGUGGCGUGCUUUCGGCGGCUAA